CCCAGACUGUCUGAAGUUUUGUUCCCUGAAGGGCUAUUUUGGAGGCUUCUCGUUUGGAGAAUGGAUCCCGUCACAACCCAAGCCAAAUAUGAGUGCUUACUCUUCGACAUGGAUGACACUUUGUAUCCUUUGAGCUCUGGCGUCAACUUAGCUUGUCGCAAGAAUAUUCAAGAUUACAUGCUGCACCAUCUAAAAAUUGAAGAAAGCAAAGUACCUCAGAUGUGUGUGGAUCUCUAUAAGGAACAUGGAACUACAAUGGCUGGUCUCAAGGCACUAGGUUUUGAAUUUGAUGAUGAUGAAUUUCAUGCUUAUGCACACGGAAGGUUGCCAUAUGACUCUUUGAAGCCUGAUCCAGUGCUCAAGAAUUUACUUCUUUCCAUGCCACAAAGGAAAAUAAUUUUUACCAAUGCUGAUAAAGCUCAUGCUGUAAAAGUUCUUAGUCGGCUCGGCAUAGAAGAUUGCUUUGAAGGAAUUAUAUGCUUUGAGACAUUGAACCAACCUACUCUACUCAACAACAAAGAUGAUAAGGAGAAUGGAUCUGUACCAGAAAACCCAAAUAAUCAUGGUUUCUUCAGUGGAAGUGAUUCAGAGACUGAUGAUGUGACCGAUUGUGAUGGUGCAAGUAACACAAAAUCCAAAGUUCGAAUUCUGUGCAAACCCUCUUUGGAAGCCAUGAAAGCUGCAAUUAAGAUUGCAAACAUUGAUCCCAAGAAAACACUGUUCUUUGACGACAGCGUUCGCAACAUAGCAGCAGGAAAGGAAGCCGGACUUCGCACUGUUGGGAGCUCGGUACACGUUCCAGGAGCAGACAUAGCACUUGAGAGCAUUCACAACAUUAAGGAAGCGAUUCCUGAGAUAUGGGAAGGCGAACAUCAGCAUGAUGCAACUCUUCUUAGUGCUGUUGAAACAGUGGUUCUGGCUUGAAUCCACACGAUAUACCUCCUUGUUGUAUUUUAGCAUAUAUUCUGAAUGAAGAUAAGGGGAUUUGAUUUAUGUAUAUCACGAUUAUAAAUAACAAUGGUGCCUAACUGCUUUCCAUUC